AUGGCACAACUGAGACACAGCCACAAGUUGGAGACCGGGUACGAGUCUGCCAUUGCAUGCCCUAGCCCUGGUAUAAGUCCCUCCCGGUCAAGAUACGUGGCCCGCCGUGCUCUGGAGAAAGACCUCGCAAAUCUCAAGGCGAGGGUCGCCGCAAUUCCGGACGAGCAGAAGCGCAUCCUUACUCCAGACCUGGCAAUCAACGACGACGCUCGAAUUAGGGAUGUCGUUGACCAGACCAAGUACUGGACGGGUCCGGGAGUCAUCGCUCCCGAGCCCGGCAAGUUCAAGGUUGGCAUUGUCGGGGCCGGAGUCGCGGGUCUCUUCUCUGCCAUGCUGUUCGAUUGGCUCAACGACAUGGUGCCCGAUUUGCACAUCGACUACGACAUCCUUGAAGCAGCCAAACCAGAGAGGCUUGGUGGCAGACUUUACACUCACUACUUCUCCGAGACCACGGACAGACAGAAGGAAAAUGGUUGGGUCAAUCAUGAUUACUACGACGUCGGCGCCAUGCGUUACCCAGACAACGACAUCAUGCAACGAACUUUCAAAUUGUUCACGCUCCUUGGCAUGAACAAGUUGGAACCAGGACAGAAGGAAAAGGUUGAAGAUUUGAUCCGAUACUAUAUGAAGGAUGGAGAGAACAAGGGAGACCCUGGUGUCUGUCCGGCAUAUUUCAACAAUGUUCGGACCGUGGGCAGGAUCUUCGACCCUCCUUUGUCGGCAGAGCAUCCACCAUGCGACCCGUACAACUUGAACAGCGGCCUCCCAGAGGGGGAUAAGAUUCCUGAAAAUCUUCUCGGCAAGAACCCCUCGGAUCUCGUCGAGAAAGCUUUGAGUCCAAUGCUCGUGAUUGUCAAGUUCACAAUCGACGAGCAGAUCAAGGCGAAAGAGGAGAAUCGAGAGGUCCAUGAUCCUGCUUUCUGGGACUCCUUGAUGAUGAAGAUCGAUCACAUGAGCACGCGCCAAUACCUUGCAUUGCUGACUUCUGUUGAUCAUGUUCCAAAGGAAUGGGAGUGCUUUCUCGAGCGCUUCCACAAGAAGUAUUGCGAAGAAGAGGGCUACGAGAAGUGGGAGCCGCCCAGUUACAACUACAAUACUAUUGAGUGGUUGGAAACUGCCACAUACGGUACCGGAUGGUACGACCAGGCACUCAGCGAGGCAGUCUUGGAAGAGCUUGACUUCGACACAAAGAAAGAUCCUACAAAAUGGUGGUGCAUCAGCGGCGGAACACAGUAUGUUCCAAGGGCCAUGGCCGAGAAGAUUGCCGAGAAGAACAAGAAGAUCCAGUUCAACAGUCAGGUCAUCGCUAUGAACGCCAAUGUGACAGAUCACAUGGAGAAGCAGAAGAAGAAGGAGCACGCCCCUGUGACCAUUACCAUUGAGAAGAGCUACCCGGGCACCCAGCAGCCUUCCGAGACACGGAAGGAAGAGUAUCUUGCCGUCUUCAACUCGACGACACUCGCCGCCAUGCAGCGCAUGGACCUGCAGAACGCGGGUCUGCUGUGGGGAACCAAGCAGGCCAUCCGCGCCCUCGGGUAUGGAGCUUCGUGCAAGGUCGCCAUUAAAUUCAGGACGCCUUGGUGGCAACUGAAGCCCUACUGCAUCAAUAUGGGCAGCUUGUCGCGUACGGACCUCCCUCUGCGCGUGUGCGUCUACCCAUCCUACAACAUCGAGAAGCUGGAAGGCCACGAGCGCUGGUACAAUGACGGCAAAUACAAUGAAUCGGUGCUUCUGUGCUCCUACACCUGGGGCCAAGACGCACAGCGCAUCGGAUCCUUGAUCUCACGGGACGACCCCAAGGAUUGGCAAGAGGGAGAAGAAAAGGACAAGCAGCUGAAGUCCCUCCUCCUCCGCAACCUCGCGCUGCUUCACGCCACUGACAGCAGUGAUGAGAGCUACAAGGCGCUCCUUGAUAAAUUAGAGUAUGAGUAUGUGUGUCAUCACGCCUGGGACUGGCACAGGGACGAGAACAUGUCGGGAGCUUUCGCCUACUUUGGCCCCAGCCAGUUCUCCGAGAUGUGGCAGGAGAUCAUCAAGCCCAACGCGUUUGGCCAGCUCUUCCUGGUGGGCGAGGCCGCGUCGUCGCACCACGCCUGGAUCGUCGGCGCGCUCGAGUCCGUCGUGCGGGCGGCGUAUCUCCUCUUCGAGGGGCUGCAGUCGGGCGCACCAGAUUUUGUCCCAUACCGGCAGGCUAUGCAGCUGCUGAGCAGCGGCACGUUUGACGGACAAGCCAAGGACAAGGCCGGGAAGGAAUCGCCGUUCUGGCCGCUGCCGGCUGAGAUGCCGCGCCGGCAGGAGGGCGUCAAGAGGAAGGCCCCGCAAACGGACCUUCCCAAGGAGGCCGUCGCACGGGAUAGGCCUUUGACAUAUCCCGCUGCCGUCGCGGCGCUGAGUCGUGUGGAGUGCUUCUUCGAGAUUGGUGUGCCAAAGACUUUGAAGCCGACAGAAGUGGCCUAG